AUGGUUCAGUUUGAUCCGGACCAAGACUACCUCUUUUCGUUGGACCAAAUUUCGUCUGUUAGGUCCACACCUGUAUUUUUGGUUCGCACCAAACUGAAAAGUCCGAAAGCCCGGACCAAACAAGUAAUUCACGUCUCCACCUUGUGGCUUCUCCCCCUGCUGCUAUUGGCUGAGCUGUUUGUCCAUUCAUCAUCUCGUCCUGCCAAAAGUUUCCCCCGCUGUGGCACGUUUGGAUCAAUGAUCCAUCAGGUGGACAGGCUGAUAAACUUAUCCAAUAAACUCCAUGACUUGACAGAUGAAGAACUCAUAAACUUUGACAAUGUAGAACAUAAACUUGACGGUCUUCCUCAUAUGCACCACUCUGCUGACUACUUCAGCUCACUGAAGUUGAACGAGUCACUCUCCCAGCUGUAUGUGCACGCUCAGUCCUUCAGACUGCAUGUUGACUGGUUGAACACAGGCAAACAAAACUUCAGUUUGUCCUCCCACUCGGCUGAGGGCGUCAGCACUCACCUCCUGCAGCUUUCCAACCUCGUUAACACAACUCUUCACCAGAUCGGUGAAGAGGUUCCUCAGUCACCGUCUCCAUCCCUCCCGGUUAUCGCCACAGCCUUUGAUGUGCUCCAGUUCUCUGUUGAAAUUUCUGAACGGUUAAAAGUCUUUUGUUACUGGUCAAAAAGAGUGUUAUGGAUUCUCCGGAAAAAAUCCUGCCACCCUUAA